UUGUUCUUUGGCAUACUCUUGUCCCUCUUGUCCACUCUCUUGUUACUGUAGUAGUACAUAGUGGCAAGUAGCAUCCUGUUUCGAAGUAUUCUAGUUAGAUGGCAAGUUAGAACGGCAAUAUUUUGUUCGCACUGGGUAAAGUGCAAGUCGAGAUGUAAUUAAUGUAAAUACCUUAGAAGUGCUAAGUGCCCGAAUAAGAUGACAAUGACAUGGAAGCGGGUUAAGGAACAAUUUGGAGUAGCCAUCCAUAAUUUUGCCGAUUCAAGCCCUCAUGCAAUAUGCUUAACAGUAGGAGAGGUUGUACAGAUAGUCGAGGAGUGCGCAGAUUGGUAUUACGGCCGUAGCAAGUCUAAGGGUACAUCCGGAAUUUUUCCAAAGUCUUACAUACAUAUCCAGCAGAAGUCAACGAACACAGAUAAUUUAGUACAUGAGAUUACUAACGUUUUGAGAGAAUGGGGACAUCAUUGGAAGCAUUUAUAUGUAACACAUUCCGAGCACUUCAGGGCAAUGCAGCAGCAAAUCUUGGAUGCGGUAGGGUACCGAAGCAAGAUCUUGAGUGGUACGUUAACGGUGGACGAGUUAAAGGACAUGAAGAGAUUGGCGACCGCGAGGAUAGACAUGGGAAAUCAGCUGUUGGGUUUGGACAUGGUGGUCCGGGAUGAGCAUGGGAACGUCUUGCAUCCCGAGGAAACGAGCACCAUCCAGUUGUACCACCAUCACGAGACUGCUGCGGAGCGAAUAAGGAAGGCAUCUAGCGACACCAAGAAAAAACCCCAUAAGCCACAAGUACCUGUAUACUCACAUAUCUUUUUCGUCAGUGUGAGAAAUUUCGUAUGUAAAAUGGCGGAGGACGUGGAGCUGCUACUGACCUUGUACGACGGCAGGGAGAUGAAGGCUAUCACGGAGAACUACGUGGUGUCGUGGAGUAAGGAGGGGCUCGCAAGGGACAUCGAUCAGUUGCAUAAUCUUCGAGUACUCUUCACGGAUCUCGGCUCGCGAGAUUUGACCAGGGAUAAGGUUUAUUUAGCAUGUUACGUGAUUAGAAUAGGCGGUAUGGAAGCCAAAGAACCGGACCAUCGUCGCUCAAGCGUCGCACAAAUUCAUCAGAACAAGUCCAAGGGUGCGGAAAUAAUGAGAAGGCCGUUCGGCGUAGCUGCCAUGGAUAUUACUCCGUUUAUUACGGGCAAGCUUGAGGGAGACGUCGAACAACAUCAUUUUAUACCUUUUGUACACUGUGAGAAAGACAGUCUCGACGGCACUUUACGUAGAAUUAUCGCGCAAAAGGAAGCAAAUAUCCAAAAACACGUUAAUGGUAAUAUCACUAAUGUCACGGGUGGACAAGGACUGUGGACUAGUUUAAAGUUAUUAAGGGGUGAUCCAAAACAAGUGCGUGAUGAAAAUCCACAUUUGGUACUCGGUAAUGUAGCUAUUGCGCGUAAAAUGGGCUUUCCGGAGGUCAUCUUGCCAGGUGACGUCCGCAAUGACUUGUAUCUGACUUUGAUUAGCGGUGAAUUCAGCAAGGGCUCAAAAUCUACCGACAAGAAUGUGGAAGUCACGGUCAAAAUUUGCAACGAACACGGCACAGUAAUUCCUGGAGUCAUGACGUUAGGUGGCGGCGCAUCUCCAAUUGACGAAUAUCGUAGCGUUAUUUAUUACCACGAGGACAAGCCUAGAUGGUGCGAGACCUUCAAGAUUGCCAUACCCAUAGAAGAAUUUAAGCAGGCUCACUUGAAAUUCACGUUCAAGCAUCGCAGUUCUAACGAGGCGAAAGACAAGUCCGAGAAACCGUUUGCAUUGAGCUACGUCAGAUUGAUGCAACGCAACGGGACGACCUUGCAAGACAUACAGCACGAACUGUUGGUUUACAAAUUGGAGCAAAAGAAGUACGAGGAGAGCGAUAUAAGCUACUUUAAGUUACCGUCGACACGUGGAGAAUUGGCUGAAUUAAACAUGGAGAAGAAACCGAGCUUAGGAUCCCUAACGUUAAGCAGCAAAGACAGCUUUUUAAUAGCGACUAAUAUUUGCUCAACUAAAUUAACUCAGAACGUAGACUUAUUAGGUUUACUUAAUUGGGCGUCGCAUAAUACUGACUUGAAGGAAUCCUUAGCCGCUUUGAUGAAAGUCGAUGGGGAGGAAAUAGUGAAGUUUCUGCAGGAUGUUUUGGACGCUUUAUUUAACAUCUUAAUGAGCAAUUCAGACAGUGAUGUUUACGACGACAUGGUGUUUGAGUGCCUUUUAUACAUUAUCGGACUUGUGUCCGAUAGAAAGUAUCAACAUUUCCAACCAGUAUUAGAUUUAUAUAUCUCAGAAAGUUUCUCCGCGACUCUCGCGUACAAGAAAUUAAUUGCGGUAUUGCGCAAGCGUAUAGAUCACAUUGGAAAUAACGACGGUCAGGAGCGUGAUUUGCUGCUCAAGACAAUGAAAAGUCUGCAGUACUGCAUGAGAUUUAUCGUAGAAUCUCGUCUCUUAUUUACCGAGUUGAAUCAGGACGAAGAAGAAUUCUCACAAACCUUGACUGAUCUGUUACAAUCUAUCGUCAAUCUCAUGAGUUACGAAACGGAUGGGACUUUGUUGGUUCAGGGGGCCUGCCUGAAAUAUCUGCCGACAACGAUACCUCACUUGCUGAGAGUUUACAGCGGUAAACAAUUGAGCACGAUUCUGACAGACUUACUCGUCACUUUACCAGCAGGUAGACUAACCAAACAGAAGAUGAUGACGGUGAAUGACAUCGUUCACAGUCCACUGUUUUUGAAUGUCGAGUGCAGAGCGAUUCUACUGCCAAGAAUUACCAUACUCGUGAGAGAUUUAUUGGAGGCUAAAGAGGAGGGGCUAUCGAGUACGCCUGGAAAGAGCGUGGCGAAGGUAGCCAGGCUGCUCGGAGAAAAUCGGCAUCGGCUCAACCAGCAUCGCGGCUACUCCGAAGAGGUGGAAUUAUGCGUCAAGAUAUUAUCUGAUAUUCUGGAAUUGACUUUUAGAAAAGAUAUAGGUAGCACAGUUUCAGAUGUCAAGGAGAUAAUGCUAACUGCGUUACGUACUAUUAUACAAACUGUUAUAUCGAUGGACAGAGAGAAUCCGUUAGUCGGAAAUUUAGUCUCAGUUAUGUUGGCGUUAUUCAGACAAAUGACGCAACAUCAUUAUGAAGUUUAUAUCAAUCACUUUGGAACGAAAAUUGAUUUACUCGAUUUUCUCAUGGAGAUACUGCUAGUUUUUAAAGAUUUGGUUUCCAGAAGCGUAUUUGCAGGAGAUUGGUGCGAGAUGAUUAUGCUGCAAAACAGCGUUAUUUUGCAGUCCUUAAGAUAUUUCUCAGGCACAAUUAGGGAUUACUUCUUCACCGAAUUUGAACAUCAAGCGUGGUCAAAUUUCUUUCAUUGCGCUAUUGCAUUCCUCACUCAAUCUGCCUUACAAUUGGAGACAUUCACACCAGCUAAACGAAAUCGCAUUAUUGCACGGUACAACGAUAUGCGCAGAGAAACUGCAUUUGAAAUUCGAUCAAUGUGGUUCAAUUUGGGUCAACACAAAAUACUCUUCGUGCCUGCUUUGGUUGGCGCAAUCCUCGAGAUGGCAUUAAUACCUGAAACCGAAUUGAGAAAAGCCACUAUACCGAUCUUUUUCGAUAUGAUGCAAUGCGAGUAUUACAGUUCACGUAUAGUUGAGGGGUAUGGGGAUACCAAACGUGAUCCUGCUCAUAUUAAAGCUAAUUUUAUGGAAUAUGAGAACGAAAUGAUCGCAAAACUGGAUAUCUUGGUCGAAGGAGGCAGAGGGGACGAACAAUUUCGCACACUUUGGACUCAUGUUAUGGGUUCUUUGUGCGAGAAGCAUUCCACGAUGCGAGAACAAGGCUUACGCUUUGUAGAUACUAUUGCUAAACUCAUGGAACGCUUAUUGCAAUAUCGUGACAUCAUUCAUGCCGAGUCCCAAGAACAUCGUAUGCUAUGUACUGUGAAUUUAUUAGAAUUUUACUCUGAGAUUAAUAGAAAGGAAAUGUAUAUCAGGUAUGUGAAUAAGCUGUGUGAGUUACAUUUAGAAUGUGAUAAUUACACAGAAGCAGCUUACUCGUUAAAGCUUCAUAGCCAAUUAUUAGCAUGGAGCGAUCAGCCUCUGCCACCUUUGUUAAUAUCACACAGAUAUCCAUUAUGCCAAACGCAUCGCGAACUGAAAGAAGCAUUGUACAAUGAUAUUAUUGAUUACUUUGACAAAGGUAGAAUGUGGGAAUGCGCUCUUACCAUUUGCAAGGAAUUGGUAUCGCAGUAUGAAGAGGAAACAUUCGAUUACCUACAAUUAUCUGUACUAUUAAGACGCAUGGCAAAAUUCUAUGAUUGCAUAGUAAAGCAGCUGAGACCUGAACCUGAGUACUUCAGAGUCGCAUAUUACGGCAGAGGACAUCCCGCUUUUCUCCAAAAUAAGGUAUUCGUUUAUCGGGGAAAGGAGUACGAACGGCUCAGUGAUUUCUGCUCGAGGACGCUAAAUCAAUUACCGAAUGCGGAGCAGAUGAAUAAACUGUGCCCACCUACUACGGAAAUGCUAGAGUCCAGUCAUCAAUACGUGCAAAUUAACAAAGUGGAGCCAUUGAUGGAUGAAAAGAGACAUCGCCUAAGCGGCAAACCAGUUACUGCAGAAGCAGUAUUGAGGUAUCAUCGCGUAAAUGAUGUGCAACGCUUCAGAUUCUCAAGACCCGCACCGAGAAAAGAGAUCGUUGCGGCAAGUAGCGACAAAGAAAAGGAAACGAACUCGAGCGCUAAUAAUAGCAACGAAUUUGCUUCUUUGUGGUUGGAAAGAACAGUACUUGUCACGAGCUACCCACUGCCGGGAAUUCUUCGAUGGUUUCCGGUGACGUCCAGCGAGACAUAUUUAGUUAGUCCCUUGAGAAACGCGAUUGAAACUAUGGAAGCUACAAACACGGCGCUGAGAGAUCUCAUUAUCGCUCACAGGAGCGAUCCGAGUCUUCCAUUGAAUCCUCUAAGCAUGAAGUUGAAUGGCAUAUUGGAUCCAGCUGUCAUGGGUGGUAUCGAUAACUACGAAAAAGCAUUCCUCAAUGUGGAGUACAAGGAUAGUCAUCCAGAGGAGAGCUCGGAUCUCCUUAAAUUAGAGGGACUUAUCGCGGAACAAAUUCCUCUACUCAGUGUCGGCCUCCAGUUGCACAAGGCACGAGCGCCAGCUGAGCUGGCGCCGUUCCAUCAACGUUUAGAACAGUGUUUCAUGUCGAUGCGGAAUCAAGUGGAAACCAAGUAUGGAAAAAGGACGUGCGACUUGCAAAUUGAAAGCCUGACACAGACUGUAACCAUGCGAAGACCUCCAGCUUCAAGAACAGAUAAUCAUUGCCUGUCCGAAUCAAACGUGAAUAAUUCAGAGGUAUCCUCACUUACAAGAUCCCAAGUCGCAACGUUCAAGUCACUUGCAUCGUUCAAUUUUAACAACAGCACACUCCCGAGUGGUGCUCAAAGCCAAGUCAAUUUGUCAAGAAACAACUCCAUGCGUUCGCAUAUCUUAUCAACGGCCUCUUUGCAAAAGGCACUGGGAAAUCCGAGUCCAGGAACGUAUAAGAAAAAAGAUUCAAAACGUAGAAACUCGCGAAAGAGCGAUUCCGCUACGGUGACGAAGACCGAUCAACCAACCAGCCAGUGGUACACCACGACUGAAGUAUCCCACAGUUCGACAUCAUCCAUUACGUCGUUAUUAUCCAAUCUACACGCGACACCUGUAUUCGAGCUUCGACAAGAGCUCACACCGAAGCGUCCUCUGAGAUCGGAAGUGGAGAAAGAACGGAGGAUAAGUAAUCGGUGGUCCGGCCAGUCUCAGCACUAUCUGAGGAACACCAACAACGGAAUGGAGCCGAGCGGUUUGGGGAAGGGAAAUAGAGAUAGCGUCGGGACAACUGACAGCACGGCAUCCGAGGACGAUCCACCGCCGCCUCUACCGAUUAAGAUGCGCGAAGCUGAUUACUGUAAUCUACCGGAGGAAUUAUCCGCGCAACGGUGCUCAACUGACACUUCGAGUAAUUUGAACAAGGCCUUGGCGCAGUGGAAGAACAAGUUGCCGACACCUACCGACGACGAUCUGGACACUCACGCUAAACCACCAACGCCUCCGCCGAAACCGAAAAGACCGAUGCAGAGCUUGAGUAAGAUCGUGAUCUCGUCUGGCGACGUCGAAACCCCAAACGUUGAGGAUUCGUCGGCCGCGUAAAGGAAAAUAUCUUGCAGACACCUCACGUCCAUCUUGUCCGUCUUGCCGAGACUUGCGAACAAAACGAGUAUUCAUCCACGUUGUUCGUUCCCUUUUAAUUUCGAUAUGGUUUCGAAAUCCUCAGAAGAGUUACCACCAUUUCUUAGCGUUAAUUAAUUAUCUCUUAGCAUGUACUUCUUUGUGCCUUUUUCUUUCGCGCUUUUCGAAUAUAAAUAACGAUUAGGUAAUAGAAACGCCACUACGAUAUGAGAAUCUUUAACAGAUGUAUUCUGUAACAACAAAAGAUAUAUUACUACAGCGAAUGAGCUUUUGUACUCGACAAGCAAUAUUAUUGACAAAGAAAUUCAGGAAGUAUGUAGGUAUGAAAUUCAAAGGACAUGGCAUUUGCUACAAUCUGCAAUGUGCAAGUAAUAAAAAAUAUAUUGGUAAGCCAUGAUCUCUUUAACAUAUUAUAUUAACAUAUUUACUGAAUUUUUACUCUUAUAUACAGCAAAAUAUUGUUAAAAGAACUCGAGGUUUUUGUAGCACAAUUAAUAACAACGUAAGAAAGUAACCGUGCUUAUGUAAGAAUGAAAUUUUACUCUCGUUCAUUCGACAGGCCUCAUUCGCUCUAUGAGCAUGUCUUUUUCGAACAUUCUAACGUUACCAUUACAUUUCAUGUUCUUGCUGUAACAUUCAUUACAACACGAUAACGUCCAUUAUAGUUCUUUGAAUCAAAAACAUAAUUUUAACAUGGCUGAAAACGCAUAUAUCUUGACAAAUACAUAUUUUUAUAAAAUCUGAUAUAUGAAACAUAUAUACACAUAGCUUUAAUUGUAACGAUAAAAACUUUGGAAACUUUUUACAUUUUAUACUGAUCAUUUUUGAAUGCGAAUUUACUAAUUAAUUAACACUAUAUAAACAGAUAUGCAUUAAACGUAGCGAAAAAUGGUUAACUUUUUCCAAUGUGUUACAAGGCACUAAUUUAUUUUCAUUGAAUCCGAUUUUUAUAAAAUAUAAUUAUAGUAGUUAUAGUUUUUACCGCGACAUAGUUACUAUUUAAAUAUUUACCAAGCCAUUGUGAUCUAGUGGUUAAAAAAGAAACUUUAUAUGAGUUAGUGUUUACAUAAGUCAUUCACACUUGUUAACAACGAGACUGCAGUCUUAUAUGUUAACUUAUUUUAAAUAUAUAUAAAGAAAUAUUGAUUGUUUAGAAAUAUAUUCCGUAGGAAUAAAUAUGCAGCGGAUGAUACUGCAUAUAGUUUUUUUGCAUGCUUGGUUCAUAAUCCAAAUAAAUUAUUUACUUUUUAUAUUAUAUACUGAUUACGUUCAUAAUAUAUGUAUGAUUAAUGAUACCAUGACAAGCUGCUUUCUAACUGAGCACAAAAUCAGAAUAAAAAUUUAAGUGGAUUAUGAAAAGUUAUAAUCUAUAAUAUUAUAUAAUUGUGAAGAUACUUUAUAAUUAAUCGGUAUAUCGGUUUGCAUUGCCUUCUAGUUACAGUAUAUUUGCAAAUUUAUGACAAAUAACCGUUUAUAUAUAUAUAAUAACCAUUUAUAUAUAUAUAAUAACCAUUUAUAACGUUGGUACAAGCUAUUUAUUACAAUUAUUUCAUCAUUGUCAUUCAAGUUUCAUACCAAAGAGAUUAGUGCUUUAUUUAUUAAAAGCUUUAGAAAAUUAUAAAUGUCAAUGGAGAAAAAUAUUAUAUAUGAUAUAUUGGUAUAUUCACAUCUGAUGCACGAUAACGAGGAUAGGAACUAAAAGAUAGAGGAUUUUUGAUAGAACAUAUUAAAUACUUAUGAUGGCAAUUUGUUUUUAUGCAGCAAAGAUCUGUAUUCAAAAUUAUUAUUCUAAUGUUAAUUAUACGAGUUUACGGAAUUUGUUUAGUUGUCUUUGCGGAGUAAAUUUCUCUUUCUAAAAUGAGAUAUGCAUGAUAUGAUUAUGCGUUUUUAUAUUCGUAGAAUAUUCAUGAAUACAGUUCUUAGCUUUAUCAUUAUAGUUUUACUUAUCAUCUACUGAAAAAACAAAAAAUGACAAUAUAUAUCGCGAGCCUAAAAAUUAAAAAACUUAGUAUAGUGCCAUUUGUGUGCAUGCUUUUCUAAUUAGACUACUAAUUAUACUCUUUAUUUUUGGGAUCAAUGUAUCAUCUUGUAUCUAAAGUGAAAUGAUGUUUCAUUUUUUUAUUCUUGUAUACAAUAUAUUGCAAUACUUCCA